UUUUGCGAAACCUGAGUUUGGCAAUAUGUACAUAUAUGUAAAAUGUAAAAUCCAUUAUAUGUAAAAUUUUAGAAAACUGUCACCAUGUCUCACCCAGCCCAGGUACAAAUGAAUACUUGUUUCCUUCAAAAACUGGCGGAGGCGGUAUGGGCCUGCUUUUUGCCCCUCAAAAACAAAACUCGUAACUGCCAAACUUACUUUGAACUGCGUUUGAACCUGCUUUUGUUUCCUUUUUUGUUUUUUUUGGCCGUGUCCUGCGCUGAAUUUUCAAUUCAAUAAAACGAUUUUCCUUAAUGUUUUUAAAGUUAAUGUGCAUUAUCGUUAAUUCCCUAUAAGAGAGUUUUACAAUUGCUUAAACAUCGGCAAACCGUGUCAUCAUGGAGGAGGAAUUACUUUCAAAAUUUUUACAAGAGACGGGAGGUCAGGCUGACUAUUUGGAAGCGAUUCCACCAAGUCAAAUUCAACAUGGGAGGCUAGUGGCUAUUCAUGACCGUGUGAGGAAUGAGGGUACUUUUCUUGUAACUUCACACUAUCCAACUUUGGCUAAUGCCGUCGCUGGAGAACCAACACCUCCUCCAGACAUUAUCUCUGAAGCCGUGCGGAUUAUUCAUAAGGGAUUAAUCAAGCUGAAAGAGGAAAUUGGUGUGCACGGGGUUGAAGUCAACAAAUUUAAUCCAGAGGAAAUCAACCGACUUAGAAGAUCUUUGGCCAUUAUGAUAUAUCUUGCACAUCGUGGAUUGUGUGGGAUGGAGGCAAAAUCUGUUCAAUUUGUCCUUGGGUCAGGAAAUGUUGGAGGAAAGGGGAAGAGUUCAAAAGCUGCGUCUGCAUUUGGUGGAAAUGACGACGCUUCUGGGAUCAAUUGGAGGAACUUACGAUCAAUGAUUAUUGAGGACUUGUUGGAAGUCUUGCAACUACCUGUAGAAAAAAUUUGGGAUGACACUGGAUAUGGGUAUAGUGUCCCAAGGAUGUUGAUCCGUACUAUGUGCAGUAACUUUAACGAAGCGUGCCUUGCAAAGGAAAACUUACGAGCUGGAGAUGAACCGUACAAAAUUUUUGCAAUUGUUGCUAAACGGUUCAAUAAAGCGGCGGAUGUGUACCAGCGAUUGUUUCCUCUUAUGAAGUACGGAGAGGAUGUUGGCAAACUGAUUUCCAGAUCUGUUGAGGUGAUGGCAAAUGACUAUGAGAUUGAUGAUGCUGUAGUAAACGCAUUUCAAACAAUAAUGACCAUCGUGGAGAGUGACAUGGGAGAGUCGAGCAAAAAUGCCGUUUUGGCUGAGAAGGGUGCCGCGCAAGUACUGGGAGAUUUGUGUGAACUAACGCCAAAAGACGUGAUUCAAAAGGCUGGAUUAUACUUGGUUCAGUUGUUGAAGGUUGAUAGCGUUUCAAUUCGUAGUGCAGCAGUUCAAGGAACUGCAAGUCUCAUGCGUUGGCUGAAGAGUACUGACGGUGGUGGGUUAGAAAAUACUGGAAAGCUAAGAACACAAAUCCUUGAUGAGAUUUUAGUCAAACAUUGCCGUGACGUUAAUUCUUUAAUUAGAUCCAAGUGUCUUCAAAUUUUGGCCAAAUUAAUUGAUGAAGCUAUCUUGGAACCGAUAGAAGUUGCAAUUUGUAUGAAUGCUGCUAUUGAUCGAAUAAAUGAUUCUGCAAUCUUAAGUAGGAAAUAUUCCAUGCUAAUUGUCAACAAUAUCUUGGCCAAAUUUCCUGGAAUUUGCAGUGCUGAAAUAAAUUACAAGAAAGAAGUGGAUUAUCACAGGAAACGGUUAUUGGAGAUAAUGGCUAAAACAUCUCCUCGUAAAAGUUACUAUACGUGUGCAAUUGUUCGAGAAUUUGCAGAACAAGUUCAAGUUGAAGAAAUCCCUCUGCCUGAUAUUUAUGAUGCUGAUGUUGAAGAAGGAAUGACAAAAGUACGCCCGUUAAUUGCUGGCCUAGUUAAAGAAGAUAAAUAUUGGGAUGCUUGUCUUAUCCUUUAUCAUUGCUUUCAAAGAUAUGGGAAAGAUGUCGGAAUUGCCGAGGCUGGAGUAGCUUCCGCCAAACCAGAGCUUUACAUAGGAUUUUUUAACAACGUUACCACGGGAAGUGGAGACUCCGUAGAUUUCACAAGCCAAAGCCAAAGGUCAAUGUUGGAAUGCUCACUCGAUCUGUCCAAGUCAAUGACAACUCAUGAAGUUGAAUUAAUGGAAAAUGAAGAAGUUAUUAAUGAACGGAAAAUACUUCAGUUUUCGCAGGGUUGCUUGAGGAUGAAACAAAAAUUGAACAGCUUGGUUGAAAAAUUAACCCUUCUUUUACAAAUUGGUCAGCCAAACGACCGUACAGAAGUUAUUGGCACUAUUGGAGAAUUAGUCCGAUGUGGAUACCCAGUAAAUGAGAAGAUUACCGGCCCUGUUGUUCAAGCUAUUGCGAUGCUAGCUAAAGAUUCUGCUGGCGCUUUGGUCCCUGCAUUCUGGAGCAUUUUCAUUGGAGACCAAGGAAUUGGAAACGUCGACAUGGUCCGCAACAUUUUCAAGAUUCUUGAUUCUGUGGAUGCUGCUACUAAGGGUCUUCUCAAACCAAUAAUCGGUGAAAUGUACGCAGUUGGAUCCCUUUCAAAACCGGCUGUAAUAAUUCUGUGGGACGCGUUCAAUCGUGCUUAUGACUCAUGGUCUGCACAUGAUGCUAAAAAUGCUAUCUUUGUUCUUGGUGCAAUUGGAAAGUGUAACAAGGAUGUGAUUACGGCAAAUUUGGGCUUUAUUUUAAAAGCUGGACUUGGCGAUGACGCCUUAAAGGACUUUGGCCUGAUUCGAUACACUCUUGAAGCAAUUUUGUUUAGUUUGAAGGCAACAAAGAAAGGAGAAAGCGAUGUGCAAACCACUCAUCGUCUAAGCAGGAACCAUGCACUUUUUGACAGACUUGUGGAAAUCCUUGUAUACGGAGUAAGUACGAAAGGAAACUGGGAAACUCAUCAACACUUUCCUCGGGUUGCCGAACUAGCUGUGCAGAUCAUAUAUAAACUCUCAUGGGAUCACAUUCCAUUUACUAACCAAAUUUUGCGUAGAAUUCCCCCCAUUGUCUUCGGGUCUUCGAAUGAAAAUCAAGAAUUUCCUAACGUUGAAAUUAAAGAUACUGAAGAAAUCUAUAUUCGAUUCAUGGCCAUUAUGACAGCUUUGUUGGGAACUCACAUUAACUACUGUGAAACGGUUGUCAUCCCAGAAAUCAAACGACGGAGAGCGUUGGAGGGGGCCAUAUCCAAACCUGACCUUGACAACAAUGUAUCUAGGUCACGUAAUUCAACUCUAGGUGGUCACACUUCAAAUGUGAAUAAUAGCUCCCGUAUUUCCGCUAGAAAUAAUUCUUCAACAAUGAGCCGUGGAGGAAAGCGAGGUCGCAAACCUGCUUCAUCAUUCUCUGCUACCCGGAAUGCAGAUGCAUUAUCGGAACUUGAGGCCGUCAUCGGAAAAUCUGCGUUUGAUGGUGAACUCGACAUUAUUAAGUCGUACAUUGAAAAGCUAUUGGAUCACGGAGCAUUUCGCCAGUUACGCCGCAUAACUCUAUACUUUUGCCAAAAUAUUACAACCAUAAAGCACCGAAAACUGAAAAUAUCAAUUGUCAACUCCUUCGCGAAGCUUAUGUUGGUCAGUGCAGAAUCCGUGGGAAAACUUAUCGAGCCGUUUAUUAACUUGUGGACCAUUGUGGACGAUGACCUGGUUAAAGUUGAAAUGCUUAAACAUCUUACGGCUUUAAAUGUCAAAUUUCCUAAUCAGAUGGAACCAUGCAAUGUGAUAAUCAAAAACGGAUUAAUGAGCGGCAAUACCCACAUCAAAAUGACAUGUUUGGAUUUCAUGGGAUAUAUGGCAUUGGGAGACAUGGUGAAAAUUCGGGAUAGUAUUGCAGAAGUAGCUUUAUGUUUAACCUCAGAAAAAUUGGUCAUACGAGAAUUGGCUCAAGAUUUCUUUGAUGUAUGCGCCGAAAAAGAUAAUGUUAUCAGCAACGCCAUACCAGAAGUUAUCUCGCAGUUGUCAAACCGUGAUGGUCUUUCACAACAAGAUUUUCAAGGCGUCAUGAAAUUUCUUCUAGUUCGUGUCAAGAAAGAAAAACAAGUUGUUGGUCUGGUUGAAACUCUGAUGAACCGUUUUAAAGGAUCAGCUCAAAAUGGACGCUUAUGGGAAGACAAUGCUUAUUGUUUGUCACAGCUUCCUCAGGGGGACAAGACGUUCAAAAUUAUUCGUGAUAAUUUACGCUUGUACACUGACAAACUAGAGAAUGAAGUUGUGUACACUUCGUUUGUUCAUAUAAUUGAAACUUUACGGCGUGGAAAUUUAAAGCCUGAUGUUAAAGCAAAAAUUGAGGAUUACGAACGAGAAUUAGAGGAACUGCGUGAAAAAUGUCUAGAAAAACAUCGCAUUGCUCAAGCUAAGAAUCGGCAGCAGGGGAAAAAUAAUAAUAAUCGAUCUAAAAGCCAGGAUGCGUCAAGCUUAAUGGAGGAGCAGAAUGCAAUGGAUGUUAGUGGAGAUGAACAAGACGAAAAUUCUGCGGAUGAAGGUGCAGAUACUGCUCAUAAAGACCAAGAUGCAGAUCCUGGUGACGAAGGUCAAGACAAAGGUGACGAAGGUGAAGAUAAAGAUGACGAAGAUAAAGAUGCUGCUCCUGACAGCACAGAUGAAGAUCCUGCUGAAGAAGAUGAUGAUUCUUCCGAUUAAAGUACAAAGAAUCAUACAAUGUGUUGGAUAAUUUAUGGUAUGAAUUUUAUGCAUGUGAAUAUGCAAAUAAGUGGGAAAAAUUUAUGAGAAUAAUAUUUGGAAGUUAUUUUUAUUCCGUAGUUAACUUAUAUUUAAUAUUCCCGUCUUUACUUGUGCAUAUGUAUAUGCUCGUUUGUUUCUUAAUAACUCAAUCCGUUUCGCGUAUUAUUGAACAAUUUCUAAUCUAUAUUAUUGGUGGGCAUGUUCCUUUUACAAAACGGCAAAAUCGUCUGAUUAUUAAAUACAUCGUUUACUCAAGUACGAAUUUAGUUGUUAUGUUAUGCUUUAAUUAAGUUGAGGCAGAUAUUGCAUAAAUGCAUAGUCAAGAAACAAUGUCUUAAUAUUGUUAUCUUGCUAUUAUUGGGUAAUAUCCUACUAUUUACACUAUUUUUAUGAUAGCAACACACAUUUAAAGUUUACACAAACAAACAUUAAUAUCACAAUUUUCCUGUCGAAUAAGGCUAAUCGAGCCUUAUCGGCAUCUUUGCUAUAUUUUUAACAUUUCAUCCCCUUCUCGAUCUCACUGUUUGAUAAUAGUAUAUAAUAAUAUUGCUUGAUAGUUCACGUAUAUAUCGUACGUCAUCAUUUUGUAUCCAGUCCAUCCUCAUCUUAUUAUUAUCGCUGAACAAUAUUUGCUACUACUUUCUAAUGAAAUGUGUAUAAUAAAUGACAACAAUAAAGUGCAUACUUAAAUACGUACAGAA